UGCCAUGGUUUUGCUCCGAGUUCUGGAGCCAACCUGCCCACUACCUGGGGCACUCAGGUCACAGAAGCAGUAAGUUAGAAGUCUGUGGGGAACCUGAGACUGUGCUAUCCUGGUGUCUGCCCACCCAGCUGUUGAGAUGGAAGCCUCAGAUUGGCAAGGGGGUGAAGGAGACAAGCCACUAGAGAAGGUGGGGAGCGUUCCCUGUUUAGAGAGGAGCUCCAGCACCGUGCCCACGGGAGAUGCUCUGGUCCGUCAUGCCAAGGGCCUGAGCCAGGAUACCUUCAAAAUUCCCCUCACCUUGCCUGUGACCUCUCAGUGUAAAGAAUACCUGAGGCCUCUGAAGAAGUUCCUUCGAAAGUUGAACCUGCCCAAGGACCUUCCCCAGAAGAAAAGGAUAAAGUAUACGAAGCAGAGCCUUGAGGCCCUAGGGGGCCAUAUUAACACCUUUCUGCAGCAUUAUUGCCGAGCCUGGGAGAUCAAGCACUGGAAAAAAAUGCUGUGGCGGUUUGUCUCCCUCUUCUCAGAGCUGGAAGCAAAGCAGCUUCGUCGGCUCUAUAAGUACACCAAGACGAACCAGACGGCCAAGUUCCUGGCCGCACUCUGCCCCUUGGAUGCACCGGAGAGAUCACUGCUUGCCAACCAAGAGGACUGUCUUCCCAGGCUCUGCAGUGCCUGGGGCUUGCAUGGAAAUAUCAGCGGCAUGAAGGAGAGGUUGUCCAAGAUGCAAGCCCCUGGCCAAGAAGUUGUCAUGCUGGAGGAGCCAAGGUCCUCACACUGCUCCAGAGGAGGUGAUGCCCACUAUCUGAAUAAGGGGCUGCGGAAGAGUCUGAGGGUUUCUCUGCAACAGGCUGCAGCCUCCUCUCUCAGUCUGAGCCUGACAGCUCUCUUCCUUCCUGGCCGUGAGUGACACAGUGCAAAUUGGAGAGGUUAGGUAUAUGUCAGGGACACUGGGGGAAAGCCUUGGACAGUGGACUGAGAAGCUGGAGAUAACCAAGGGUGUCACGUGUGCUGAGUAAGUACUACAUCCUUGAGCAACAUUCCCAGUAUCUUCAAGCAAGGAUUAACAUAAGCAGUCCCCCAUGGUGGCUUGUGCCUGUAAUCCCAGCUCUUUUUCGAAGCCUGAGUCAGGACAGUUGCCAUGAGUUUCAGAUCAGCCCAUACUACAUAGUUACCAGUCCAGCCUCGGCUACAGUGUGUGAGGCCUUACUGGAGAGCAAAGAUGGGCUAACAAAUAGGCUCAGUGGGUAAAGACCUCGUUCUUAAGCCUGAUUACCUCAAUUGAUAUCUGGGACCCAUGGGGUAGAAGGGCAGAAAUAAUUCUUCCCACAAAUUGUCCUAUGAUCUCCAUACUGAUGGCCCAUACAUAAAUGUAAAUUUAAGAAUUUAAAACAAUAAAAAAAAUUUUUUUUGAGACAGGGUCUCAUGUAGUCCAAGCUGGCCUCAAAUUCUGAUCUACUGCCCCGGCCUUGUAAGAAUUAGGAUUAAAGCCACCUGAUUUAUGUGGUGCUGGUGAUCAAACCCAAGGCUUUGUGCACUCAAGGAUUCUACCAACUGAACUAUGCCUCCAGCCUACCUUGUUUUUGUUGUUUUGUUUUGUUUUUUGUUUUGUUUUGUUUUGUUUUUCGAGACAGGGUUUCUCUGCAUAGCCCUGGCUGUCCUGGAACUCACUUUGUAGACCAGGCUGGCCUUGAACCCAGAAAUCCGCCUGCCUCUGCCUCCCGAGUGCUGGGAUUAAAGGCAUGUGCCACCUCGCCCAGCUAAGCCUACUUUUAAUUAUUAUAAACAGAACAUUAAAAACAUAAAUAAAAAUAGGAAGAUAUAAACAUCACAUUAUCAUCAUCCACUAUUGCAUGAUUAACACUUUAUACACUGCAGAUAACUUGCUUCAUGUCUGGGGUGGGGGGUACCAGUAGGAGAUGAAUCAUCCCAGUCACUCCCCAACCUUAUUUUUGAAGCUAAGGGUCUCUCACUGAAUCUGGAGCUCUGGCUGGCUAGCCUGACUAAGCUAAGCUGAUCGCCCAGUCCCAGCCUCCCCAGAAUGGCAUCACAGAUGUGUGCCUGCUGAGGACUCAAACUUAGGCUUUAUUCUUGCAUGGCAAAUUCUUUUAGACUGAGCCACCUCCCAUCUCUGAACUUGCUUUUUAUUUCUUUGCUAUUCAUUUCUGUUUGUGUGAGUACCUGCAUGAGUUUUUAUGUACCAUAUACAUCUUAGAGCCUAUGGAGGUCAGAAGAGGGCAUCAAAUCCCCUGGAGCUGCAGUUACAAGCAGUUAUAGCCGCCAUGUGGAUGUUGGGAACCAAGCCCAGGCUGUCUGGAGAGCAGCUUGUGCUUUUAACCUCUGAAGCACACCUCCAGCCUCUAAACUUGCUUUUUUUUUUUUUUUUUUUAAAAUGAAUGGCAUCAGGCCUUCCCGGGGCAAUGUGCUCUCUUUGUAGAAUCAAAGAAUCCAUAUUCAAGUUUCAGUGGUAACUGCUGCAUGGGAUGCUCACACCAGGUGUCUCACCUGGUCACACCUCAGUUUGACAAACUUGCUGUCUUUUUAACCUGACCUGUUGGAGGAGUCUCUGUCUCUCUCAGUGUGUGUGUGUGUGUUUCUCGAUGUUGGAGCUUGGAGAUAGGGGCUGUGAACAUAGCUCAGGUAGAAUGCUUGUAGCAUAUGUGAAGACCUGGGUUCAAUCCCCAGUAACACACACACACACACACACACACACACACACUUGCCUGGUGAAAAUGUUAGAGGUUAGAGAAGAUGUAGGAUGCCCUCCCCGCAUGUUACACAAGGAAGGCAUAUAACACCGGCAGGCCCGUCAUUUGUAAUCCACCAGUACAGAGUCUACGUUACAGUGACAGGUAUGGUGUUUCUUUGGCACUGUAUUCAUAAAUUGAUUAAAACUUGGCAGUUUGCUUACAGACGUGUGUUUUCAAAGCACUUGGAAUUGGUGGUGAGAACUGAGAGGGGCGCAGGGGAAGUGGAGCUGCAGCUCUAGCUUGUUAUAAAGCUUCGGACAUGCCACAUGCUUGCCCUGUGCUUGGGUGAACAUCCUCAUCUGUACACAGAGGGUGAUAUCAUCUCGUCACCUCACAGGGCUCAGUGAAAGAAAGAGCAAGGGACACAGACGGCAGGGAGACAAACUUUCCUUAUUGCUCUCCCCUUUCUACCCUGCAGAUGUUUCUUACAAGCUGCAAUGUCAUUGGGACCCUCUCUGCCUUUUAUUCUUUCAGAUUCUUUAAGGAAACUUCCUCAAAAACCAAAGCUGAAGAAAAAGAGGAUUAAGGAAAGACUAGAAUCUCCCAAGAGCUGCUCCUAAGAAGACCCACAGGGGUGGAGGGCAGCUCUCUCUGGCUCCCUUGGGCACUUGCAUGUAUACUCUGGAGGAUGAAGGGGUUGAAGAGGGUAAAGAAGGUUUACUUCAUCAAAAGGAUACUCAAUUUCUAAGUAUAAAUAAAUGGGAAAUAAUAAUAAAUGGGAAAUAAUAAUUCUUAAGACAGUGGUACUUUACUUGUCUGAACUUCAUUCAUCUUUCAUUUGCUUAAAAACAUUUGAAGCCAGA